AUGACGAUGCCGAAACUUUUUCUAUUGAACCUAAGUUAUCAGCAAUUAUUAAGAGCUCUUACCGAAAAAAAGAUAACAGCAAAUAAAACGGAUCACUUGACACUUUUGCUGAUCAUAACAUCAGUUUCAAUCACGCCGAUAAAAUGUGUAACAUGUCGAUUCUACUUGACCACAAAUUCGUUUUAUGGCUGUGAAAUGUUUGAAGUUAACGUCACUGAAUCAAACGUUUGAAAUCACAGGAGAUCAUGUUUCUGGAUACUCUGAUACUAACGUCACGUGGUUGAACGUCACCGAUUCUGGAGUAUUAAAUUUUAUUUCUUUGACAAUCUUCGAAACUUUUGCCAAUUUGCAA